GCCGAGAGAAUGAGAAGCUGGUGUCUGUGUCAGAUUUGUACCUGCGGGCGACAUCAUUGUCCACAUGGAACCGCAAGGAUUUAUGAAAAUUCUGGAAUGUUUUGCCCCACAACUGAAUAUUUGGAAAAAUAUCCUGUGUAUGGCAAUGUUCUUCCACCUCAGAGUCUUAAACCCAAGCAAGAAUUUCGAGCAUGCCGUGGCAAAAUGGAAGGAAUAACUACAUUUAAGUCAGAUUAUCGUCCUUAUGAAAUAGUCAAACAGCCUCGCCAUCUACCAGAAGAAUAUAAGCCAAAACAGGGGAAGAUUGAUCUUGGCACUACCUACAAACUGGAUUUUAAUUCUUAUAAUGUGCAGCCUGUGGCAAUAGUCCGUCCUUUGGAGAGACAACAACUUAAAAAAGGAAAGUUGGACACUGUCCCAACCUAUAAAGAUGAUUAUAGAGCUUGGGACAUUCAAAAAAGUGAACUUUAUAAACCAGAACAAACUUACCACCCCCCUACUGUGAAAUUUGGAAAUUCAACUACAUUUCAGGAUGACUAUGUUCCUCAGGAGAUAAAGCCUAAGCAAAACUUUAAACCCUCCUCUGUGGUCAGACGUUCUAUAAUCCCUUUUAAUGGUGAUACAAGUCAUCGCCUUGAUUAUGUUCCUCAUCAGCUAGAAUUAAAGUUUGCAAGGCCAAAAGAAGUUUACAAGCCCAAUGACCAACCCUUUGAGGAUCUCACUACUCACCGGUAUGACUUUCAGGGUCUUGUUGGUGAAACUGCAAAAAUCUGCAGACCUGCAUACACCAGAGUGACCCAAAAUGCCCAAUUUGAAGGAAGCACUGAAUUCCGUGAAAGUUUUCAGCCUUGGGAAAUCCCACCACCUGAAGUCAAGAAAGUGCCAGAGUAUGUGCCCCCUACAGGAGGCAUGCAGUUAAACAGCACAAGCCAUCUGGACUAUGUACCCUAUCAGGCCAACCGUGUUGUUCCCAUCAGGCCAGUUUCUCAUAGAAGAAAUAACAAUUUUCCUUUCCAAGGAAAAAGCACUAUGAAGGAACAUUUUCCAGCAUGGGAAAUUUGUCGUCAAGGACUUAUUAAGAAGCAGCAACAGAUUCCCAACCCAUCUGGAAAAUUUGAUGGUUUGAGCACUUUCAGAUCUCAUUAUGUGCCACAUGAAUUGAUUCCAACAGAGAGUUGCAAACCUUUAAAUGUUGCUUUUAAGAGUUCUGUUCCAUUUGAUGAUGUAACCAUGUACUCCAUAGAGUACACACCGAAGAAACAGGAAAUUUGCCCAGCUAGCUAUCCCUCUCCUCCAGGUUAUAUAUUUGAAAAUACAAAUGCACAAGGUCAUAAAUUCUUCCACAAGAUCGCACCCAUCAUGAAAGCCUUCUAA